GACGACAAGAAGGAAAAAGAGAGGAAUCAUUCGACAGGAGACGUGCGAUCAUGAAUAAUGUGUGAGGAGCAGUUGACCCUCAGCUUGACCAAGAGAAAGAAAAGAAAAAAAGGAAAAACAAAUAACUUCAUUGGGGAGGCAAAGCUCUGGGAAAACAAAAAGCAAAUAAAAAAAAAAAAAGUAGCUAUCUCAAAUUCUCACUGCCACACUCUCAAGUUUCUUCAAUCAUGCCGGACCGUGAAAUCGGCGACGAUGCUUCUGACACUAACCUCUCCUCUUCCUUCGCUUCUUCCUCCUCUUCCUCCUCCUUCUCUUCCUCCUACUCCGCGCCUGGCGCUUGGACCGAUGAUCACUCCGCCAAAAUGGAGAAAGAUCCUCGAAAAAUCGCCAGGAGGUAUCAGCUGGAGCUAUGCGAGAAGGCAGUGGAGGAGAACGUUAUCGUGUAUUUGGGAACUGGUUGUGGGAAGACUCAUAUUGCUGUGAUGGUUAUCUAUGAGCUUGGACCUUUGAUUCUUAGCCCUAGGAAGAGUGUUUGUAUCUUUCUUGCUCCCACUGUGGCUUUGGUUGAACAGCAAGCGUUAGUCAUAGCAAAGUCUAUCAACUUCAAAGUUGCAACACAUUGUGGUGGCAAUCGGACUGUGACUACCCACUCUGAUUGGGAGAGAGAGGUUUCAGAGAAUGAGGUUCUCGUUAUGACCCCACAAAUACUUCUGCAUAACUUACAGCACUGUUUCAUCAGGAUGGAGUGGAUUUCCCUUCUAAUAUUGGAUGAGUGUCACCAUGCUCAAGAACAAAGCAACCAUCCUUAUGCACAAAUCUUAAAGGUUUUCUAUAAAACAGAAUGUGCAAAAGGACCUCGUAUUUUUGGAAUGACUGCAUCUCCAGUUGUUGGCAAAGGGUCUUUUCAAUCAGAGAAUUUAUCAAAAAGCAUAAAUAGCCUUGAAAAUUUGCUCAAUGCCAAGGUUUACUCAGUUGAAAGCAAUGUCCAGCUGGAUGGUUUUGUUUCAUCUCCUAUAGUCAAAGUAUAUUAUUAUCAGAGAUCUAUGAGUGAAGCAUCUCAGUCGACCGACAUAUAUGAAAACAUGCUAGAGGACAUCAAACAGCGGUGUUUGACAUCACUUAAGCAGCAGAUUGAUACCCAUCAAACACAGGUCCUCUUAAACAUGAAAAAGCUUCUGAAAAGAACUCAUGAUAAUCUCAUAUAUAGUCUGGUGAAUCUUGGCCUCUGGGGAGCAAUACAGGCUGCUAGAAUCCAACUGAACAGUGACCGUAAUGUACAUCAAGAGCCUUUGGAAGAGAGUAAUAAGUCAAAGAUAUGUAUCACAUAUCUCUCUCUGGCUGCUGAAGCCCUUUCUUCUAAAGUUGCUAAAGAUGAGAAUGCAUCUGAACUUAUCAGCUUACCAGCGUUGAAGGAACCAUUUUUCUCAAGAAAGAUAUUACAACUGAUUAAAAUCCUUUCGGCAUUCAGGAUAGAGCCACACAUGAAGUGUAUAAUAUUUGUCAAUCGGAUUGUGACUGCAAGGACGUUGUCAUGCAUACUAAAUAGUUUGAAACUUCUAGAGUCUUGGAAGUCUGAUUUCCUUGUUGGGCUUAGUUCUGGACUGAAGAGCAUGUCAAGAAAGAGUAUGAAGACAAUUCUUGACCGGUUCCAAUCUAAAGAGCUCAAUCUACUGGUUGCCACUAAAGUUGGCGAAGAAGGUCUUGAUAUUCAGACAUGCUGUCUUGUGAUCCGUUUUGAUUUGCCAGAGACUGUUACCAGCUUCAUACAGUCUAGAGGCCGUGCUCGAAUGCCUAAGUCUGAAUAUGCGUUUCUAGUUGACAGGGGAAACGAGAAAGAGAUGGAUUUGAUUGAAAAUUUUAAAGUUAAUGAAGAUCGAAUGAAUCUGGAAAUCACAUCCAGAACGUCGGAGGAAACUAGUCCCAGACUUGAUGAUGAGGUAUACAGAGUUCAUGAGACAGGAGCUUGUAUCAGUGGUGGAAGUAGCAUCUCCCUUCUCUACAAGUAUUGUUCUAGGCUUCCACAUGAUGAGUUUUUUCAGCCCAAGCCAGAGUUUCAAUUCAAACCUGUUGACGAAUUUGACGGAACUAUCUGUCGCAUAAUUUUACCUGCUAAUGCUCCUAUAAAUGAAAUCGUCAGUUCGCUACUACCUUCGAUUGAAGCUGCCAAAAAGAAUGCUUGUCUAAAGGCUGUCUAUAAGUUGCACAACUUGGGUGUACUUAACAAUUUUCUUUUGCCGGAUUCAAAUGAGGACGAAUUGUCAGAUGACGAAUUUGAUUUCGAUAAAGUUGAAGGUGAAGCCUGUUCGCGAGGUGAACUGUAUGAGAUGAUUGUUCCUGACUUGCUUAAACAAAAGUGGGAUCCAUCAAAGAGUUGUGUUAAUCUUCAAUCUUACUACAUAAGGUUUGUGCCUGAUCCCGCCGAUAGGAUCUACAAGAAGUUUGGUCUCUUCAUGAAGUCACCACUUCCCAUUGAGGCUGAGACUAUGGAUUUCGAUCUUCACCUUGCUCAUCAAAGAUCUGUAAAUGUGAAGAUUUUUCCAAAAGGAGACGCCAAGUUCGACAAUGAGGAGAUAAGGCUAGCGGAGCUUUUCCAGGAGGUUGCCCUGAAAAUUCUUUUUGAACGGCGGGAGCUAAUUACGGAAUUCGUUUCCUUGGGGCAGCAAGAAUCUAUUAUAACAAGCAAAUCGACCUUCUACCUUCUUCUUCCAGUUAGUCUGGAUGAUGCAGAAAGUGUUAUAUCUGUGGAUUGGGUGACUAUCAGAAGCUGUUUGUCGUCCCCAAUGUUCAAGGCUCCAUCUGGCUUAGUAAACGAUAUAGAUCAUCCUGUGGGAUCUCAUUUAAAGCUUGCAAAUGGCUGCUGGAAUAUUGAUGAUGUGAAGAACAGCUUGGUUUUUGCAACCCACAAAAAGCUAUUUUACUUUGUCGCGGAUAUCUGCCAUGGAAGAAAUGGUUUCAGUGCUGUUAGAAAGUCAAUCACCGAAACACAUCUGGAAAGCAUAUAUAAAUCGUAUGGCGUGAAACUUAAGCAUCCUGUACAGCCACUCUUGCGUUUGAAACCACUUUGUAAUGUUCGGAACUUACUUAACAACCGAAAGCUGGAGAAUUUGGAACCACAUGAACUUGAGGAAUAUUUCAUAGAGAUUCCACCAGAGCUUUGUGAGUUAAAGAUAAAAGGAUUAUCUAAAGAUAUUGGGAGUUCGUUAUCCUUGCUACCAUCAAUCUUGCACCGUAUGGAGAACUUACUUGUGGCUAUCGAACUGAAACACAUGCUGUCUAUUUCUCUUCCUGAGAUAGCUGAAGUUUCUGGUCAAAGAGUACUUGAGGCGCUCACAACAGAGAAAUGUCAGGAGCGCUUUUCUCUUGAAAGGCUUGAGGUGCUUGGUGAUGCAUUCCUCAAGUUUGCUGUUAGCCGACACCUGUUUCUACACCAUGAUAGGCUUGAUGAAGGAGAGUUGACUCGGAGACGCUCAAAUGCUGUGAACAAUUCCAACCUGUUUAGGCUUGCAACCAGGAGAAAUUUGCAGGUUUACAUCCGUGAUCAAGCUUUCGAUCCUACACAGUUCUUUGCAUUUGGCCAUCCAUGCAGAGUAACCUGUGACGAGGUAGCAAUGGAAGAGGUUCAUUCCUUGGAUAAGGUUCCUGGGAUUUUGGAAUCAAGUACUGGUGAAAUCAGAUGUAGCAAAGGCCAUCAUUGGUUGCAAAAGAAAACAAUUGCUGAUGUGGUUGAGGCUCUUGUGGGAGCAUUCUUAGUUGACAGUGGCUUCAAGGGGGCCAUUGGAUUUCUUAAAUGGAUUGGCAUAAAUGUUGAUUUUGAGUCAUUGCAAAUAAGAGAUGCUUGUGUUGCAAGCAAGCGGUACGUGCAACUGACUACUUGCUUGGAUUUGGCGGCCCUGGAAAGCCUGCUUGGACAUAAGUUUCUCCACAAAGGUCUACUUUUACAAGCCUUCAUUCAUCCAUCUUACAACAGGCAUGGAGGAGGCUGCUACCAGAGACUGGAGUUUCUUGGGGAUGCUGUUCUGGACUACUUGAUUACAUCCUAUUUUUUCUCAGUCUUUCCGAAACUAAAACCUGGCCAACUGACUGAUCUAAGAUCGCUCUCAGUAAAUAAUAAGGCACUGGCAAAUGUUGCUGUCAGAUUUUCACUACAGAGAUUUUUAUUUUGCGAAUCUACUUAUCUCCAUGAUGCUAUAAAGGAUUAUACCAACUUCCUGACAGCGUCACCAUUGGCCAGUGGACCAUCUGAAGGUCCAAAAUGCCCAAAGAUUCUUGGUGACUUGGUAGAAUCCUUUUUGGGGGCUCUUUUCCUCGACUGUGGGUUCGACUUGAAUCAUGUCUGGAAAAUAAUGCUGUCUUUUCUAGAUCCAGUGAAAAACUUGUCUAACCUGCAGCUUAGUCCAGUGAAAGAACUUCUUGAAUAUUGCCAGUCUUACAAGUGGGAUCAGGAGAUAUCAGCGACAAAGAAGGAUGGUGGUUUCUCUGUUGAAUUAAAAGUGACCAAGAAAGGUUCUUGCUUUACGGCUUCUGCAACUGGUCGGAACAAAAAAGAGAGUACCAAAAAGGCUGCACAGCUGAUGCUUACGAACCUGAAGGCUCAUGGGCACAUAAAAACCUCCAAUCCGUUGGAGGAUGUUCUGAAGAAUAGCCUCAGAAAUGAACCUAAAUUGAUUGGGUACGAUGAAGAGCCUAUAGAUGUUGUGGAUCUUGAUGGGGUGGACAUUGAAAACCUUAAAAUCCAAGAUUCUUUUGACGAGGAUCCUGUUACUGAGAGCAAAACUAGUGACACAAGCAGCUCAUACAUCAUCAGACGAGUUCUCACCAAUGCACCACCAUCUGAAAAAGAAGAAAGCCUUCCUCAAAAGACCAUCAAAGAAGCAGGUGGAUCGAUCAUCAAAACUGCAAAAUCUCUCUUGCGAGAAACAUGUGUUGCCAACUGUUGGAAGGCACCAGAGUUCGUAUGUUGCGAGGAGGGAGGACCAGGCCAUCUGAAAUUGUUCCGCUAUAAGGUAAUCCUGGAAGUUGUAGAUGCACCCAAUAUGACACUGGAGUGUUAUGGUGAAGCUAAAUCAACUAAGAAAUGUGCAUCAGAGCAGGCUGCUCAAGCUGCUUUAUGGUGUCUCGAGCAUACUGGAUUCCUUCGCCGAUGAUCUCGAGUUGCUUUAUCUUGGUUACAAGAAUGAGGUUAUCGUGGACAUAUAAUUAUAUUAAAACUAUGUGAAUUAGCUGAUAUGAUGUCUAUCAAAUUCUUAACCAUGACCAACCUUAAACCCAUAUCUUGGACCAAAAAUCUUUUGAAUCUCAUCCUACGAAUAUAAACUAUAUGGUGCAAUGAUUCUUGAAC